CGCACUCGCUGCAACACGUCCUGUCAACCUCCCAGUUUACGCGUGACCCAAAGAGACAGUCAAAGAGAAACGGGUCGGAGUAGCUGGAUGUAAAGGGAAGUGGAUUUAAAAAUAAUAAUAAUUGCAAAUCACUGGAUUUUGGCCAAUUGAAUAAAAGGACAUAAUUGAUGUUGCAAUCGGGAUCUCUUCCCUCAACAUGAGGGACCGUCAAUAAUUCGGGUAUUGAACAAACAGGUUGCGAAGUUCAAUAUCCUUGUUCUACAACAGAGCACUUAGCGCAAUUACGCACGGCAUCAAUAUGGUUUCAUGUCUGGAUAGACGUGCCCCUGCUUUGUUCCUCGUAUGGGGCUACUGCGUCCUAGCGGACAUUGUAUUUUCGAACUUUACCCUAGACAACGAGGUCCAUUCGAGUUUCAUUCACCGAAGGCUAAAGAGCCAGGAGCGACGCGAGAUGCAGCGGGAAAUCCUCUCGAUCCUAGGGCUACCGCACCGACCGCGGCCGCAUCUCCACGGGAAGCAUAACGCGGCCCCGAUGUUCAUGCUGGACUUGUACAAUGCCAUGUCUACCGAGGGGGAAGAGGAUGGAUAUUCCUACCCAUACAAACCCGUCUUCACCACCCAGGGGCCGCCAAUAGCCACACUUCAGGACAACAACUUCCUCAACGACGCAGACAUGGUUAUGAGUUUUGUCAAUUUAGUGGAACACGAUAAGGAGUUCCUCCCGGUCCGACGGCACCACCGAGAGUUCCGUUUCGACCUAUCGCGUAUUCCUGAGGGGGAGGCGGUCACCGCCGCGGAGUUCCGCAUCUACAAAGACUUCGUCCACGAACGCUUCGACAACGAAACCUUCCGAAUCAGUGUCUACCAGGUGCUUGAGGAACACAGUGACAGGGAGUCGGACCUGUUUCUGUUGGACUCGCGGGUCAUCUGGGCAGCGGAGGAGGGCUGGCUGGUGUUCGAUGUCACAGUCACCAGUAACCACUGGGUGAUAAACCCUGGACGCAAUCUGGGGCUGCAGCUGGCUCUGGAGAGUACCACGGGUGAGAGCGUGAACCCACGGGUGGCGGGGCUCAUCGGCCGCAGCGGCCCUCAGAACAAGCAGCCGUUCAUGGUGGCCUUCUUCAAAGCCACCGAGGUGCACCUGCGCAGCAUACGCUCGGCGCCGGCUGGCACCAAACAGCGCAACGCCAACCGCUCCAAAGGAGCCAACAAGAGCCAGGAAGCACUCCGGGUGGCCAACGUCGCAGAGAACAGCAGUGCUGAUCAGAAGCAGGCUUGUAAGAAACAUGAACUCUACGUCAGCUUCAGAGACCUGGGGUGGCAGGACUGGAUCAUCGCGCCGGAGGGCUAUGCGGCGUACUAUUGUGAGGGAGAGUGUGCCUUCCCUCUCAACUCUUACAUGAACGCUACUAACCACGCCAUCGUUCAGACUCUAGUUCAUCUGAUAAACCCGGACACCAUUCCCAAACCCUGCUGUGCCCCCACCCAGCUCCAUGCUAUCUCAGUGCUUUACUUUGAUGACAGCUCCAACGUCAUCCUCAAGAAAUACCGGAACAUGGUGGUCCGAGCCUGUGGCUGCCAUUAAAAAACAGACCUUGACACCCUCAUGCACGCACACACACACACACACACACACCAAUCUGUAUACAAACACACAUAUGCAUUUACAGUCAAUAUCCCACAACGCAGGUCACUAUUAUCUAGAGACUCUAGACUUUCUUCCUUAGAUUCACAUGAAUGGAUAUAAGAAUGGACUACAUAUCCCAGAGUGCCUUGCUGAAUUGGCGUUUACCAAGGACAGUAUACGAGGACUGGACAGACAAUCAUGUGCUUUCUACUGUGUAUGAGACAUUUCAAGCAGUGAUUGUAUAUUAAAACACAGUCAACAACAAUUCAAUGUUUUAGUGUAGUUAAAACUUUUGUUAGUUUGUAGUUGUUUUUAUUUUUAUUUUUUUUUAAUGACUGAAAGGCCUAGGCUACAGGAAGUGUGGAUGAUCUUUGGACUCCUCAUGUACAAUACUGUGUAAAUAGUUUUUCAAAACAAAGAGAAUUGUAUUUAUUUCCUGGUCUUGGGAAUGUUAAGCGUAGGUUCAAGGUUUCUCCUGUUUACUCCAGUGUAUAUAAGCACAAACAGUACGUUAAGCAGCUAUUUACCCACUCUCUCUCUCUCUUUCCCUCUUUCCACCUCCCUCUGUCUCGUUCCCCCUCCCUUUCUCCCUCUCUGUCUCCCUUUCUCGUUCUGGUUCUGACCAUGCUACUCCAGAAAUUGUUUUCACCUACACAGUUACAGUGUUAACCCUGUCAUCAGUAUGUGCCUUUUCAAACCGCUUUGUCAUUGGAGAUGGACCUUUCCCUAUCCCAAAUAUUGUCGUAGACUACAUCACAGUUACUUUUUUCAUAAGCUAGUAUUUUCAAAUGCUAAUGAAAAGUAACAAACAAGCCACUGUGACGCAAUAAUAGCUUUCCAAAAAACAACAGGAAGAGAAAAAGAUGGGAGACAGAGAGCGAAAGUGAGAGAGAUGGGUACACUUACAUUGAUCAUCAAUGUGUCAUAUGCCAGGUACUUUAGGAUGGUCUGUUGUGCUAUAUUCUGCUGAACAGUCUGGUGUCUAUCUCUUCCUUAUUGAAGAGGACUAUUUAUUGAGAUGUGAGGCUGGUGUUCUUUGCCAAUGCAGCAUUUUGUUCAUUCAAAACAGUCUUUGUUUUUUCUGCAAAACAGGUUCAAUAAAAUAGGAAGAAGCAUCUCUGACUGUGUGGAAGUAGAUUACUUUCCCCAGCACACUCCUACAGAAUGUCCAAACGAUUUAACAAGUAGUAAAAUGUAUUUAUUCAUUUAUAUAUUUUAUACCAAUCCCUUAAUAUUUUACACCAAUGGUACUGAGUUUUAUGUUGUAUAUUUUGCAAUGUAUUAUUUGUUAAAUUAGCAUAUGUUGUUAUAUUAUACAUAUAUAGUAUGUGACAAGGCCUCAGAGAAGGGCCGGGAUUAGUACAGACACCUGUGACAUUUUAAAGCACUCCACUAGAUCAGAUGGAUUACAGUUAUUGAAAAAUACCUACAUACAUACUGAUCGUUUACUGAAUGUUUCCAUCAAUGCUCCUGCUUCUCCUUUACUUCACCCCUCGCUCCUCUCCCCUCCCUGUUUUCCUCUCUUCUCUCUCUCUCCUCUCUCCUCUCUGCCCUCUCCAUUUGAUCUUCUCCAGCAUAAUGUUUAGUACAUGGACUGCCGUGGAUUAGAACUCUUUUCUAUCCGAAGAGUUCCUAAUUCAGCUACAUUUCAGCCAUUGUGUAUGCACGUGUGUGUGUGAGAGUUUCCAAACCUUUUUCAGUUCCUGUAACACCAACAGAAUUUUGCUCGGGUCUGAGUACCCCUGAAGUACCCCUCAUGUUAAUUUUACUAGUAAGCCUAUGGUGUCAAGAGUGUUCUCAAGUACCCCCUGUUGAUAGGCCAAGUACCCCCAGGGGUCCUUGUACCACUAUAAUAUACUGUCAUUGUGUGUGUACAAGUAUUUGUGUAUGCGUCACAGUUUGUUUCAUGCCAAAAAACUGAUUGGCAGUUUUUCAGUGUUUUUGCCAUUUCCUACAUCAAACCAAUAGUUACAGCAACCACAGAGGUCAGGGGUCACUAAAGUGGUAAUGCAAUUUAAAGCCCUCCGCACCCCUGCUCCUUCUUCAGGUUUCAACAGCCUUGAGCCCCAUGCCCCCCACCCCAACCUUGACCCUAAACCCUGCCUGUAUUCAGCCCUCAUCAACCAUCCAGAUUUGACCCCAGCAGCCCUGCCAAAAAUCCUACCCCUGUAGACAGGAAUGAAGGAUCUGUAUAACAGCCCAUCCUUCACCACCUCUCCUGCUGACUUCCUCCUGGUGUCACAUUGUUUUAUAUCCCCACAGGCUCCACUGUUACCUCAGCACACUGACAAAAACAAGGAAGACUGGGGUUUAUUUGCUCCCUCCAGAGCCUGACACUUGACGACAACGCCCCCCCCCCUUGUUUUACAUAAAAAUUGACAUGAUGUUUCAGUUGACGUUGACGUCAGGCAAGUGAGGGUUGUGGGCUGGAAUUUCGAGAUAUUUGCUUGCAGCAGCUUGACCUUGACUCAUUCCCUCUGUUGGGUUCCUGCUCUGCAAUCUGUUAUCUAACAGCAAGGGUUUUAAUAGGUGCAUAUAUUUCUUUACUGACACAUUUGGUGAUUUCUAUAGUAAUUUCCAUUUAAAUUUGCAUAAGUAAUAUUUUUUUCUUGUUUUUUCUUGUUUUCUUCCACAAACCCAUAGCGACACCUCUCAAACUUUGACUUCCUCAAAUGAUCUAGCACCUCGAGUUUUGUUUGUUAACUUUUAGAAAACAGAUCUUAGUACUGAUGCUCUUAAGUUGGGGAAAGACAAAGGAUGACCUGCCCUCUGGUGGUGAAGAUUAAAUGUGUGUAUGUGAACAUGU